AUGUAUCGCUUUUAUGGCCCGACAAAGGGCACGCAAGAAACAGAUAAUCACAAACUAAGCGCCGUCAAGCUAGAAAUGGCGGGCGCCCCCCACCCGAAAUCCGCCACAACAAAGUUGGAAAAAGGGAUGACCAUAAAUGGGAAAUGCCGGGUGCCACGGGAUGGUAUUCUUGUGGGUGUGUUUCUUGAGGACUUUGUGUGCCCGACAUUUGGGCACCAGCGCCAAAGCAAACAAGGGCCUACAAGGCGCCGCGCGGCCACAGACAGAUUCAGGCCGGACACCCUUAAAACAGAACAAACGCACUCCGAAGAAAUAGACCAACCUACACUUACUGGGCUGCCGUGCCAUAAAUAG